AUGAGUCGCUUCGUUCGACCCUCCAAGUACCGUCACGUCUAUCCCAACGUCGCCAAGAAGGAAGCCUGCUACGAGAACGUCAAGGUCUCCAACAAUGCCUGGGACACCAACUUGCUCGCUGCCAACGGCAAGUACAUCUCCAUCAACUGGAAUGCGUCCGGCGGCGGCGCUUUUGCAGUCCUCCCCGUCAAUAAGCCAGGCAAGCUCGCCGACAUCUAUCCGCUGUGCCGAGGUCACACUGCUACCGUGCUAGACACCGCCUUCAGCCCCUUCGAGGACAACUUUGUCGCAUCCGGAUCCGACGAUGGAACCAUCGGUCUGUGGAAGAUCGAUGAUGCCAAGUUCGACCAGCUCGAUUGGUCCGACAAGGAGCGAGAGCGUAAUGGCGGUGUCAAGGACUUCGAGCCCAUCGCUCGCGUCUCUGGUGGAGGCAGGAAGAUCGGCCAGGUGGUGUGGCAUCCUACCGCAUCCAACGUCCUUGCUGCUGCUACCGGCGACCACGUCAUCAAGCUUUUCGACGUCUCGAAUGCCUCCACUGCCUCCUCCUCGCCCAGCAUCAGCCUCCGCGGAUUCACCGACACCAUCCAGUCGCUCGACUGGGACUGGACGGGUACCACGCUCAUCGCCACCUCGCGAGACCGCAAGAUCCGCACCUUCGACCCACGUCAGGGAGAGAACCCAGUCCAGGUCGCCGACUCGCACGGCGGUAUCAAGGGCGCCCGUGUGAUCUGGUGUGGCGACAAGGAUCGUGCCAUCACCACCGGCUUCUCGAAGAUGUCCGACCGUCAAAUGUUCCUCUGGGACACCACCAACCUCGCCAGCGGCCCGCUCAAGCAGGUUACACUCGACACGUCGAGCGGCAUCAUCAUGCCCUUCUGGAGCGACAACAACAUUGUCUUCCUCGCUGGUAAGGGCGACGGCAACAUCCGCUACUACGAGCUCGAAAAUGACGAGCUGCACUACCUCACCGAGUCCAAAUCGAGCGAGCCGCAGCGCGGCCUGACUUUCGUCGGAAGGAGAUUCCUCAACACGGACGAGAACGAGAUCGCCAAGGCGUAUAAGAUCACGGGAACCACCAUCCAGCCCGUGUCAUUCUGCGUGCCGAGGAAGGCGGAAGGAUUCCAGUCCGACAUCUUCCCGCCUGCGCCGAGCGCCGAGCCGGCGCUGACGCCCAAGGACUUCUUCGACGGUAAGAGGGCCGCGAGGAACAUGGUCAGCUUGGAGACUGGAAAGGGCGUUAGCAGCAGCGGCAGUGUCCCGACCGCAUCUUCGACGACGACGGCAGCACCAGCGAGAUCAGCAAGCCCUACCAAGUCGGCUUCGGCACCGACACCCGCUCCUGCCGCCGCUCCCGCACGCUCCGCUUCGCCAACUAAGCCAUCCCCCGCCCCUGCUGCCGCCGCUUCGCCCGCACCAGCCGCCGCCGCGUCCCUGCCACCACCCACUCGCGCCGCCGAGCCCAAAGCCAACCCCACCCCCACUUCCACCAGCACCUCUACCUCUAACGGCACCUCCUCCAAAGAAGUAGACGAGCUCAAGGCACAGAUCGAGAAACUCCGCACCGCCGUCGAGGAGAGGGAUACCAAGAUCCGACACCUAGAGCAGGAGAACGAGACGCUCAAGACCAACCAGAAGAAGGCGCGGGAGGCGCUGCUCAACUCGCUCUGA